GGGUUGCGGGGAGAGAGUUUUGCAAGCAAUACUUUUGAGAUGCAAUCCUUUGACUUUGUUUUUUUGAUAUCAUGUAAUAUGUUAUUAUACUGUCCCACGGCUUCAGGACCAUUCUAAGUAUCCAAGAUCAAUUUUUCUCAUAAUUGCCACCGAGUUCUGUGAACGAUUCUCCUUCUGUGGCCUAAGAACUAUUCUUUCUUUAUAUUUAAGAAAUGUUUUACUUUUUCAUGAAAAUGGAGCCACUAUAAUUUAUCAUGUUUUUAUUAUGCUGUGCUACUUCGUUCCAGUUGUAGGUGCAAUUCUUGCUGAUAGUUAUUUAGGUCGUUUCAGGACUAUACUAUACUUCUCUAUUAUAUAUGCAAUUGGAAAUAUUUUAAUGUGUUUUGCUGCAACACCACCAAUAUCUAUUUGGCCAAUCCAAAUGACUUAUAUUGGUUUGGUUUUAAUUGCUUGGGGCACAGGAGGUAUAAAACCUUGUGUAGCGGCAUUUGGUGGAGAUCAAUUUCAUUUACCACAGCAACAACAAAAACUGCAACAAUUUUUUUCACUUUUUUAUUUCACAAUUAAUUUUGGUGGAUUUGUUGGGAUGAUCCUUAUUCCCAUUCUUAGAGAAGCUUUUACUUGUUUUGGAGAUGAUACUUGCUAUGCAUUGGGAUUUGGAUUCCCAGCAGCCCUGAUGGUCACUGCACUAUUUUUGUUUCUGCUAGGAAAGCCAUUAUACCGUUUAAAGUAUCCCAAGGAGAAUAUCAUGUUAAAAUUCAUUAGUUGCAUCUAUGUAAGUCACAUUAGAUACAAUUAUUCAAUGCAGCCCCAUUUAAAAUUGUAUGUUUUACAAUCACAGUAUGCUGUUAAGAAGAAAAUGAGUGUUAAUGGAACUCCAAAAGUAGCUAAUCACUGGUUGGAUUAUGCAGAGGAUAAAUUUCCUUCAAAACUAAUAAUGGAUAUUAAAAUUGUUCUUGCUAUUUUGUUUCUAUAUAUUCCACUUCCUUUAUUUUGGAGCCUGUUCGACCAACAGGGUUCUAGGUGGACUUUUCAAGCUUCCAGGAUGAAUGGAACAAUCCUUGGCACUCAAUUACUACCAGAUCAAAUGCAGGUCAUAAACCCAGCUAUUGUACUGCUAUUGAUACCUCUAUUCGAUAAACUCAUUUAUCCCUGGUUUGGAAAUCUACAAAUGCUCAGCUCACCAUUAAAAAGAAUGAUUGUUGGCGGAGUGUUUGCUGGCUUAGCUUUUAUUAUGAGUGGAUUAUUGGAAUUAAAGUUAGAGGAAACGUAUCCUGUUCUACCUGACAAAGGACAGUCCACUCUAAACUUCAUUAAUACACUGCAGUGUGAUGUUGAAUUUCUUGCUCCAUUUGAUUCAACUAUUACUUUAAAUUCAGGCCUGAGACAAGUCUUUAACGUAUCUGCCAAGAAUUUAACUAAAUAUGAAUUGUAUUUAGUAGCCAUACCUCAAUGUUGGGAGCUUCAUUUAAAAAAUCCAACCUUGAGCAUAUCCAUUAAUACUUCAGAAUAUCAGGUAAAUACUCUAAUUGUUGGAUCAAUAGGAAAAGAUUUGCAUCUCUUUAAAACAGAUCCAGACGAGUUUAAGAAAUCCUUAAGUGGCAGACCUAAACUUCGAGUUAUCUUCAUCCGAGACUCUGAAAUAUUAAAAAAUGUGACAGUUACUCUUGAAAGCAGUAGUGGAUUACAAGACAAAUAUUUUGUACCUGACGAUAAUUCGCUUUGUGAAUCCACCUACAUGGAACUUGAACCCGGCCUAUUCCAUUACGUAAUACGGAAUCGCGAUGAUCCUGAUGGAACAUACAAAUCCUCAAUUCUCUUAGAACUUGGGGCGGUCUAUUUAUUGAUGCUGAGAGAGCACAACGGGCUGAUAGUAUUUCAUAAAAUAUUCACGAUGACUCCAGCAAACAAGAUCCAUAUACUUUGGUUAGUUCCUCAAUAUCUGCUGAUCUCGAUUGCGGAAGUGAUGUUCGCCAUUUCAGGACUGGAGUUUUCAUUUACUCAGGCACCAAACAGUAUGAAAACUGUGACGAUUGCUGCUUGGUAUGUCAGCGUGGCUCUUGGCAAUCUGAUGGUCAUUAUUGUAACUCAAGCGCGCCUGUUCAGGAGUCAAGCCUACGAAUUCUUCCUGUUUGCCGCUCUCAUUCUGAUCAAUAUGGUGUUUUUUGCUGUCAUGGUCAAAAGAUACAGUUUUGUUGUCCUGGAAGCUGACUCGAGUGCCGUAGCAGAAAGUGCUAUAGAAAAUCAAGAGAAUUAUCCUUUAAUUAAACAUUCCUCACUGAAUGGUGGGGUAUAUGCCCUAUCGGGAGUCUCGAUUAGUCCUAGAAUGAAGUCUGGACAUUUUUCAAAAAGAAUGCCACGGUAGAUGGAGUCUGCUCCUUUCUUUUAUUUUUUAAAUAUUCAUUUUGAAAAUACUAACUACAACUAUCGAAUAACUAUAUAACAAAUACGUUAGACAUUGGAUUCUCUUAUCUUGAUCUUUCUUGGGUAAAUGAUAGUUAUGGACAGGUGUGCAUUUCGUUGACAAGAUGAACAUGUGUAGACGUGAGGUACACUGACAAUUUAGAACAAUAAUUAUCUAAUCUAAUCAAUUUAAGCUAUCAACGCGUUGUCGUCUUGUACCUGAUAGCAUUAUUAAUGUAUGAUGAUUAUAACUGUAAGAAUAAGAUUAAUAUAAUCCAUCAUCAUCAUAAACGUAUGUCUUAAAGAACAGUAUCUAACAAAUUGACAUAAUUAUCUACUAAAUAUUAAAAAUAUCAUUCAGCGAAUUUAAUUUUACCUAAUCGUACUCGAUCGUCCGCAAUUAUGAACAAUUUCUUUAUGAAGUUAGAAGUAUUUGAAAUUGUUUUAAUUAAUUUAUUUAAAAAAACUACAGGAAAAGGUAAUUUUUCAGCAUACACAGGAAUUCGUUGACAAUAAAUAUCUUUUAAGAAACUCU